GCGUCUGAGUUUCCCACUUUUCAGGUAAAAUAUGGCUAAAAGCUUACGGAGUAAGUGGAAACGGAAGAUGCGUGCAGAAAAGAGAAAAAAGAAUGCCCCGAAGGAACUCAGCAGACUUAAAAGUAUUCUUAAAGUAGAUAGUGAUGUUUUAAUGAAAGAUGUUCAAGAGAUAGCAACUGUGGUGGUACCCAAACACUGUCAAGAGAAAACUCAAUGUGUGGUACAAGAUGAAAAAGAUGACGUGAAAAUGGAGACUGAAAUUAAGAGAAACAAGAAGAGUCUUCUAGAUCAGCAUGGACAGUACCCCAUAUGGAUGAACCAGAGACAGAGGAAAAGGCUGAAGGCAAAGCGAGAAAAAGGGAAGGGGAAAAGCAAAGUAAAGGCAGCAAAGGGUCUGGCCUGGUAGACUCUUAAAAACUUGAAAACUCCUACAUGGGACAGGCCUUUGGUUAGAAUGUGUACAUGGAUUUCAACUUCCACCAAAUGAAAACUUGGUUUCCAUAUUUCACUUGGCCUUGUUCUUCAAUUCAAACUCAACUUAACUCCUCAACUUUGUUUUGGGAGCUUGAAUAAAAUCUUUGAUGAAUGAAA